AGUGGUUUUGAAUGUAAAAAGUACUUACUACUUCGUGGUUUUAUUAGCUUUUGCCAUACAACAAUAAAGAAAUUCUACGUCUGCUCACCUUAAAAAUUCUCUCAUUUUAGACUCUCUUUACAUUAAUAACUAAAUCUAUGCCAAAUGGAAUCGUUAAAUAUACCCUUUAUAGAUCUGUCUGAACAAAAUACAAGUCUUCUUAGUAUGGAGGUGGUCAAUGCAUGUAAAGAAUGGGGAUUUUUCAUGGUGAAAAACCAUGGAAUUGAUAUAGAACAGAUGGAAGGAGUCUUUAAAGUCAGCGAUGAGUUUUUUAAUUUACCUGUUGAGGAAAAGAAACAUUUCCUGUUCAAAGGAGGAGAAUUACAAGCAGGGUAUUCAAUACGUAUGGGUGAAAAGUUGUAUUCAGAUGAUCCAUCAACUGGAGCUGUAAAGGAAUUUUAUGACCUAGCAAGAUUUCCUCACUCAAAUCCCAGCGUUAUUAGUCCACCCAUCCGUAAAUUCUUACCCGAAAUGACACUCUUUCAAAAACAGUGCUAUAGUCUUUCGCUAAAACUUCUUGAUUUAAUCGCCCUUGGAUUUGAACUUCCAAGUGAUUUCUUCACGAAAUGCCAUAGUUCUGCCGAGGACUUCAUUCGUCUCAUAAAAUACAGCGUUCCUGAGGGAAUGGAACACAAAAAGGAUGAUGUGGAUACUGAUUGUCAUUUUGAUUAUGGGACAAUCACACUACUUAUUCAAAGAAAAUAUGGAUUUUUACAAAUAAAACCUCCAGGAGGGAAUAUUAUACCUGAUUGGGUUAGAGUUUCCUUUGACAAAGAUGUGAUUUCAGUGAAUAUUGCAGAUAUGUUGCCCUUUUUGACCCGUGGAAAGGUAAAGAGCAGCAUCCAUCAGGUAAAAAUUGAUCCGGAAAUGAGGAAAGGACAAAUGAUUGCUUAUUCUGCAAUUCCUGACUUGGAUUACCCUUUAACCCAAAUGUCCGAUGAACAGGAUGGAAAAAAUGCAGAGACAACAACUGUCCGUGAAUAUAAAGAAAAGAGGUUGAAUGACAGUCAAGCUCAGGAUGAUGCACCCACGUAAAAAGGAAAAAAGACACGAAUAUUGCGAGUAACGGACCUGAAUAAUUUACGAUUUAAAUCUAUAGUAUUGAUGAUGUCCUUUGACGUUUACGAACGGAGAUUUCUUUUCUUUUUAUACAUUCUUUGCAAAGAGUAGAUGCAAUUUUACUAGGGAUUGCGAAAACUUCAGACUGCUGAAUCAGAAACAAUUGGAUCAGCUUUGAUAACAAAAGUUUAGACGAUCAACAAAGAAACAAAAGAAAAGAAAAGAAAAGAGUCAAGGUAUUUUCGUUAUGGUUAAAACUUAUAAUUCUCGAAAUGAUUGUUCUCAAAAAUAAUGUUCAUUUUAAGCGUUCAAUUUCAUUAACUAUAAUCAUAUGAUUCUUAUUUUGAUCUCAGCAAAACAAAAAAUAAAGACUCAAUAUUAUCAUUUCCGCCUGUGCUAUUACCAUUAUCUUUUCUCCCUAUCAUGUUGGCCUUCGUGAUCACCGUGUGGGAAAUGGUUUGAACCGGAUUCGAUCGCUGGGAUUAGUCCAAGAACUAGAACGGCGGCUCGGUGCCAAAAUUGAGUUGAAGGAAAUCAUUCGCGUGGAUGACUUUAAGGGUGAAAUCGGCCGCAGUUUUGAGAUUUUUCGCCGCAUUUCGCGUGCAGUUACCGAGACCGUCGCCAAGAACACGUUUCCCCUGAUUAUUUCUGACAACUGCACGGCUAGCUCUGCUGUCGCAGGUGGGCUUGAAAAUCAAGGAUAAAGGUUCAUUUACUUUGAUGCUCAUGACGAUCUUGACUCUCCUGACGUCAACGAGAAUGGCUAUUUUAAUGCUAUGGGUUUUUCCAUACUCCGGGGAGAAAGCUGGAAGACGUUAAUGAAAACUGUCCCUGGAUUUGAGCCAUUUGAUUAUCACCGGUUCCUUUACUGUGGUCUACGAGACAAUCCGGGAUUCAGCGACAACGUGUAAUUGAUUCUGGCUGAAGUCUAUUCGGGGUGAGACCUCGCGAAAAGCGGAUUUCGCCCGCGAACUUAAUACCCAACUUGAACAGUGGUCUUACAGCCCGGCUCUAGUUAAUAUCGAUUUGGAAGUCUCGGACGAGUCAUGCGAAAAAGUUAACGAUUACCCAUUUCCUGGUGGUUUGUUUGAAUCCGACUUGAUCGCUAGUAUAACCUGAUACCCAAGAAGUGUAACCCAAUCACUUACGGUUAGUUCGUUUGACCCAAAAAGCUGGUGGCGAUUGCAAUUCGCUCUACUAAUACCUUUGUCCAGCCCUUGAUGGAAACUGGUGUUUUGUCAGAAGUUGGAACAGUUGGGAGUGGAUAACGUCUUGCAUACUGUCUAUCGAGACCACCUCCUUAAGAAUAGGAUGGCUUAUUUUUAUAUAAAUAAAAAGAAAAAAGAGCGUUGGAAGGUGAAAAGCCUACAGCACCCCGGAUUCUCAUGUUGUCUCCAAACAUAGUAUGAACGAGACCUUCAGACGUUUUCACUUAACUGCAGUGAUCGGACGGGAACUGGUGUUUUCACCUAGGUAUGGCCGUAGACGCUGAAACUUGAAAAGAUGAUGUAUUUUUAUUUUUUACUUUGUUUAUCGAAUGUAGUUCACCACUGGCUGUUUAGAAGAUGGGUUUUCCUAGAAUGCAUUUUGAGUAACGGUCUCUUCUCUUCAGAAAGUAACGUGCUACUCAAAUGUUGAAGUAACAUAUGUAUACCGAUACCUAGGAAUAAGUGGUAAACGAAAUAGCGAAGGCAGCAAAAGAAAGCCUAUUUGGGUUGAUGACAACUUCACCUCAACAAAACUCUUGCCUUUGCCAUUGCCGUUGUAUUUUUCGUCUCUCAGAGCUGUAAUGAUAGGAUAUCAUUUGAUUUUGUACCGGAA